AUGGCCAACGGGGCAAAUGGCGCCUCGAAUCAAACAAUAAAACAUCAUGCAAGAGUACAAUCUGGUGAAGGCCAUCUUGACAUCUAUGGCUAUUCACUAACCCUGCCGAGAACUAUACUUUUCUAUAUUUUCUCAUUUUGCACACUCGGCAUUUUCCGUUUGAUAAUCCAUUGGAAAGAGGAAUGGUACAUCAAGGUGCGAGCCACCAAAUGCAACCUCGAUCAAGCGAACAUACUCUUUAUUGUCGAUGAGAAUCGAACAACUACUCAUCGUUUGGUGAAAGAUGUUACGAGGGGAUCUGAUGGAAAUCCCCUCAUUUUACCCAAUGGACUGGGAAGUUAUCGAGAAGUAUCCCAUAUUCGGUAUUUCACUUUCCGAAAAAUGCUCUACGCGUGGUUCGAGAAAGAGGCGAAGUUCAUUCCACCAUCGGACUUCGACAGUUCGGUGCCCGUGAAAACGUUGAUCGAUCGGAUUGAUGACAAACACGGGAUCACUACAGCACAAGUGCUUCAACGCCGGCUUACAUACGGCAGAAAUCUGAUCGAAGUGCAGCUAAAACCAAUCGUCGUUUUGCUUUUCAAAGAGGCCAUCUCUCCGUUUUACAUCUUUCAACUAUUCAGUGUUUGCCUAUGGUAUUGGGAUGAGUACAUCUACUAUGCAUCAAUCAUUGUCAUCAUUUCAGUUGGAUCGAUUACGCUAGAUGUUUAUCAGACAAGGAAACAAGAAAAGAAACUCCGAUCGAUGGUUCAUUCGUCUGGAGAGAUAACAGUUCUCCGAGACAAAGGAGAGUGCACAAUUGUUGACAGCUCUGAGCUGGUACCCGGUGAUGUGAUUGUUAUUCCCGAACAUGGUUUUGUGAUGCAAUGCGAUGCAAUUCUUUUGACAGGAACCGUUAUCGUCAAUGAGUCGAUGUUGACUGGGGAAAGUGUUCCCGUUACAAAGGUGAAUGCCUCUGGCUUGGACGAUGAUAAUAAAACGGGAAAUGUGAAGCUUGAUUUCGAUCGACACGCAAAACAUGUGUUAUUCUGUGGAACACAGGUACUCCAAACUCGAAAUUACGGACGAGGCCUCGUGAGAGCGAUCGUCAUUCGAACAGCUUUCUCUACAACAAAGGGACAACUUGUUAGAUCCAUCAUGUACCCAAAACCAAUCGAUUUCGAGUUUAACAGGGAUCUUUUGAAGUUCGUCGGUUUCUUGAGCAUCAUGGCGUCUUUUGGUUUCGCCUACACUCUUGGAAUGAUGUUCCAUUAUGGGGCGGCCUGGAAGAAGUUGGUGAUUCGAUCGUUGGAUAUCAUCACUUGUGUUGUUCCCCCAGCUCUUCCAGCCGCAAUGUCCGUCGGAAUCAUCAACGCAAAUGGCCGCUUGAGAAAGAAAGAUAUCUAUUGUAUCUCUCCAUCAACCAUCAACACGUGUGGAGCUGUGAAUGUGGUUUGCUUUGACAAAACGGGUACCCUAACCGAAGAUGGACUCGACUUUUAUGCGGCUCGGCCAGUUUUCCCGAGAAGUGGGACGAGAGACUGCUCAUUUGGGUUGGACACGGGAGAGAUGAGACCUGAGGAUUUCCCGAAAGGAGCCGAAUUGAUCAAAGCUUCAGCUGUCUGCCAAUCGCUUACAAGAAUCGAAGGCGAGCUUCAUGGAGAUCCGCUUGAUUUGAUUCUCUUCAACAAAACAAAUUGGACACUAGAUGAGGGAUUAGAUGGAGAAAUAAAAGAAGAAAAAGGAGAAGGUUCUUCUUCUUCUUCUGCCGCUGAAGAUUCCCAACAAGAAAUACAAAGCGAUCAAGAUCAAAUGAGUUUGGUGAAACCGCCGGAGAAGCACCGGGAAUAUUUUGGCGGAGAUGAAUUCCCCGUGCUUCGACAGUUCACUUUUAGUUCGGCACUUCAGCGAAUGUCGGUGAUCAGUGGAUCGACGAAGAAAGAAGAAAGUGAAGAGGAGAAAAUUGUGCUUUAUGUAAAAGGAUCCCCAGAAAUCGUGCACUCCCUCUGUGAUCCGAAGACCGUGCCCGUGGAUUUUCAACGAAUCGUCAAUUCGUACACUCAAAGGGGAUAUCGAUUGAUUGCGGUAGCCCGUCGAGACCUGGAUCUGACAAGAAGUGAAGCGAUGAAAAUCCCUCGACAAGAGAUCGAAUAUGAUCUGGAAAUGCUUGGAUUGAUAAUCAUGGAAAAUCGAGUGAAACCGGUGACGAAAAUUGUCAUUCAACAUUUGAAUAGUGCACGAAUUCGAACAGUGAUGGUGACUGGGGAUAAUUUGUUGACGGCAAUGAGUGUGGCUGCUGAGUGCUCAAUCAUUAGACCCGAUCGGAAGGCUUACCUACUUGAGCACAUCGCUGAUCUGAAAGAUGAAAAGGGUAGAACGUUCCUGAUUGUUAAAGAGGCGACUCGUAUCGACCAUGACAAAUUCAUUCCACACAAGGACAUCUCCACCGACGAAAUCGAAAAGCUUUUGACGCCCGAUUAUCAAUUUUGUGUUGCUGGUUCAACGUUUGCAAUUGUGGCCAAAGAGUAUCCAGAGCUGCUUGAUGAUCUCAUGACUGUUUGCGAUGUGUUCGCUCGAAUGGCACCCGAGCAAAAGCAAAUGCUCGUCAAUCAUCUACAAACUCUUGACUACACGGUGGCCAUGUGCGGUGAUGGGGCGAAUGAUUGUGCCGCUUUAAAGGCGGCUCACGCAGGAAUCUCUCUAUCCGAUGCUGAGGCUUCAAUCGCCGCUCCGUUCACGUCAAAGGUAGCCGAUAUUCGUUGUGUUCCGAAUGUGAUCCGCGAGGGUCGAGCCGCUCUCGUCACUUCUUUUGGUGUCUUCAAAUACAUGGCCAACUAUUCAAUUGCUCAAUUCUCAACGGUGAUGCUUGUCUACUUUCAUUUGAAUGCCGUUCCCGAUCUCCAAUUUCUCUAUAUUGAUCUCUUUCUUGCCACCUUUAUCGCCAUGUUUUUUGGAAACACUGGCCCAGCUGAAUACCUUUCUCGGGAUCCUCCACCCACAAAACUCCUCUCAUUGUCCUCAAUGGUCAGCGUUGUCGGGCAAAUGCUCAUUUUUGGACUCACACAGAUGUACAUCUACUCUUGGACGGCCACUCAACCGUGGUUUUUCAUGAACAUAAUCCAAGAAGGUUACGGUAAAGCCGAUCUUCUCUCGCAUCAGGGAACAACAACUUUCUGUGUUUCUCUAUUCCAAUACAUUAUCUUGGCCUUUCUGUACAGUAAAGGAGCACCAUAUCGAAAAUCGAUUCUCAGCAAUCCGUGGCUAUGUUUCGCGAUCCUGAUCACAACGUCGGUCUCCACAAUGGUGAUCCUCAGCCCACCAAAAUUGAUCAUCGAUCUCCUCGAAUUCGAUCCAAUUCCAUAUUUCUCUGUGCGACUCUACAUCAUGUUUACAGCUUUGGCCUGUUGUGCUGUCGCGUAUCUCUUCAAUACUUUUGUCGUCGAGUAUUUGAUCAUCGUGAAAUUGGAGAAAUGGAGGAAACUUCAGAAAUUGAGAAAUCCCAAAUCGACGAUCCCGAAAUGGGAAAGGAUUAUGUUGAGGAUAGCUACGAAUACCUCGUGGAUUUCCGAGGAAGCAAAUAUUGAGAAUCGAUCUCUUGAUCAAAAAACCAAAUCCUGGCGAAAGAAGAGCCACUUUCGAGGUGAUCGA